AGACGGUCUGAGGCCCCGGAGAGUCGUAGGCGCUGGAUUCCGGCAGCCUUGUUGUCUGCCAUGGCAUCAGACGUGUGUUUUACUACUUUUAAGGAAUUCAGUCCUUUAUAUUAUCUGCUUAAUGCCAUCCCUAAAAAGAUACAGAAAGGAUUCCGGUCUAUUCUUGUACAUCUCACAGCACUUGAUGCCAAUAAAGACUACAUUGCUGUGGGUACCAGUAUUGGAAUGCUCUAUCUCUACUGCAGGCGGCUGAAAAAGAUGAAAAAAUAUAAUUUGGAGGGUAAAACAGAAACCAUUACAGUGGUUAAAUUGUUGGCCUGCUUUGAUGACCUUGUUGCUAUUGGGACAGCGUCAGGAAGGGUGGCACUUUUCCAGCUGGUUUCUCCAUUACCUGGGAGAAACAAACAGUUGCGUCGCUUUGAUAUUGUGGGAGUUCAUAAAAAUACCAUUACAACACUAACAUGGAGUACCAACGGAAUGAAACUUUUCUCUGGGGAUGACCAGGGCAAAGUGGCCUACAUUAAUGUGGACUUGGACCAGGGUGCUUGCAAUUCUACUGUAAUAUUAGAAGACUCCACUCCCAUUGUACAGUUGGAUUACAAUCAAAAAGUUCUGCUGGUUUCAACUUACCAUCGUUCUCUCCUGAUUUACACCGAGCAAAAUAUUAUUAACCAGGUUGGAACACAGCCAAGAAAAAGUGCUGGUAGAUUUGGAGCUUGUUUCCUGCCAGGCCUCUGUAAACAGAGUGCUCUGACUUUGUAUUCUUCAAGACCUGGGCUUCGCCUGUGGAAAUCAGAUAUACAAGGAACUGUCCAGUCAACCCUUAUAUUAAAAGAUGUAUUUGCUAAUGGAGUGAAGCCAUUUGAACUGUUUCCUCGACUAAGUUCACCCACUGGGAGCAACGUUAUUAUAAAACCAACGAACAGAAACCUUGGGAUAUUGAAGUCCUUCUUACACGAUGGGUGGUUGCUAAGCUGGAAUGAGGAGAGUAUUUAUGUUGUGGAUUCAGUCAACCAGGCUUUGAUAGGUGGUUUGGAAGGAUCCAGUGCUAUUGUGUCCGUUUCCUGUACGGAAGAUGAGAUUUUUGUAUUGACCGGUGACCGUGAUAUAAUUCGAAUUUCCAACAGGCCAGAAGGUUGGAUGGCAAGAGGCAUGCCUGGGGUAAAUUCACAGUUAAGUCCCCUAUAUACUUCGAUGAAGACUACAUUAGCCUCUGCUGAAUCGCUUCAUGCAAUUCAACAAACAGAAAUUUCAGUACAAGAAAUGCAACAUGAAAACAGCGCUUCAAUAUUUGAUGCUUCCAAACUGCAACGUUCAUUAUCUGCACCAUCUCCAGACCCCGACCAAUUCCAAAUUCUGAGUACCAGAUAUGACCUUGAAAGCGAAAUGGGAGAUGAGACAGGAGAACGAUGUUGUUCAUUGACAAGUGAGCCAAGAAGCAGAAGCAGCUCUGUAAACAGUAACGUUAGUACUUUUAGUCACAUAACUACACCAGAACAGCACGUAGAAGGAUUUCCCUCUGCAACAUCAACCAAGACCCCAGGCUCUUCAGAAAGGUUUAGAUCAAUCAGUAUGGAAGAAUUCGACCAACAACUCAUUGUCAUUUCUUUAAAAAAGAAGAAAAAACGAAAGCAAGCAAAUUCUACAUCAGAAUCCAGUGUCGUAAAAUCUGAAAUGAAUUGUUUCAAUGAAUCCCAAAGUUCAGAGGCAACAUAUUUAAGUGACUUUGUUAUUGAUGGCUCCCUUACCACAACCUGUGACUUCUCUGACCAGAUAAGCUUAAGUAGCAGCCUGGAUCGUUUGACCACAGAUUCUCCUGACCAGGAGAGCCAGGUUAGUGCAGACCUGAACAAUAUUUUGCAGGAAGAAAACAAUUACAACAUUUCUGACAUCGUGGUGGGUCCGGAAUCUUUUCCGACAUUACUGGAAGAACCCCUGUUCUUAGAAGACUUUUCAUUAAAAUCUUCAGUGAACGCCAGUUUAACAAAUGAAGGAUCUUCUUGCUCAAAUAUGAAUUUUGCAAACUUUUCUGGUUUUGAAUCAUCCAAUAAAUCAGAAAUUUUGGGCAGUUACAGUGACAAAAUCGAAGAUCGCAGGGACGAGGAUCCAUUGUUACAUAAUGUCCCUGAUGGAGAAGUGGCAGAAGCAAAUGAGAAGAGUUAUGGAUCAACAUCUUGCUUACAGGACAGCUUAGAUAAUAAUGUGGUCAACACAACUACUAACUGUCAUUCUCCCAGAGUAAAGCCUGACGAUCCGGGACAUCUUAUGUUAUUUGUUUGUGAUCGUGACAAUGUGCAGGAAACUUUGAGUGAGAGCUCUGAGUGUUACUUGGAUGAGCGACACACUCUGUUAAUGAGAAUUCUCUCACCAGAUAAAAUUCCAAAUAACCAAAGCAAAGCAUUUUCACAACUCCACAUUGACGAUGAUGAACAUCAUUCAUUAGUUGUGACUAAAACUGAAGACGACACAGAGACAUUUGUCUAUAAUGCUGAUGAGGAAACUGAGAAAAAACACACCCAAGCCCAGUUGUCUUCAUCAAGUGAUGAUGAAGAUAUUUAUGGCCAUGGACAGCCGCAGUCAUCAUCUGAAACCAGCGUGACAGAACUCCAUCGCAGUUAUUGUGCUGAAGAAAGUCUAGGUACAGUUUUUCCAGAUAUGGCAAAGCCUGGCCAAGAAGAAUUAGAGCAUUUAAAAUCUGAUCAGCAGUUUUCUGAGAGCUGGAUGGGUUAUUCUGGCCCUGGGUGCGGUAUCCUCAGCCUGGUUGUCUCUGAAAAGCAUAUCUGGUGUUUAGAUUACAAGGGCGUCCUAUAUUGCAGCCCUGUUCACAGUGGAAGUCUGCGGUGGCAGAAGUUUGAAGAUUAUGUCCAGCAGGUGUCAGUAUCCCCAUCAGGCAUAUUGUUAUGGAAGAUUGAUCAAAAAUCAAGCAAAGCAUUUGCUUGUGGCAAAGUGACAAUGAAGGGAAAGAGACAUUGGUAUGAAGCUUUACCACAGGCUGUGUAUGUUGCCUUGAGUGAUGACACCGCUUGGAUCAUCCAAACCAAUGGAGAAUUAUAUUUGCAAACAGGCCUCAGUGCAGAUCGUCCUUGUGCCAGAGCAGUGAAGGUGGAUUGCUCAUACCCACUCGUGCAAAUUACUUCAAGGGAUAAUGUGGUGUGGGCACUGACUGAGCAGAGAACGGUUCUCUUCAGACAUGGCAUAAGCAGCCUUUGUCCAGAGGGGGAGCAAUGGCUGUGUGAUAUUGUAAGUGAAAGGCAGAUGCUGGAACCAGUAUGUAUAGCACUGGGAGAUCAGCAGACAUCCUGGGCUUUAGACACAAAUGGCAAUCUCUGGUUCAGGAGUGGUGUCACCCCAAAUAAACCUCAAGGUGAAGAUGAUCACUGGUGGCAGGUGAGCAUUACGGAUUAUGUCGUCUUCGAUCAGUGCAGCAUCUUCCAGACGAUAAUCCACGCCACACAGACUGUAGCAAGUGUUGCUCAAGCUCCAGUGGAAAGAGUGGCAGACAAACUGCGGGGAGCAUUCUGGUCACAACAGCCUCCGUCUCACCCAAGUCUCCUCAAUGUCAACAGCAGUGGGGUGUGGAUCACAUCGGGGAAAAAUGAAUUUCACGUGGCAAAGGGCAAUCUAAUAGGGACAUAUUGGAAGACAGUUGUGCCUCGAGGAACAGUAUCGGCUGCAAAAUGGGCUUUCGUAAUGGCUUCUGUUGCUCCUACUAAAAAAGGAAGUUUUCUAUGGCUGGGACAAAGCAAUAAAGACCUCUUCUGUAUCAAUGAUCAAAAUUCUGAGUUUCGACCUUCUACGGUUCAGUUGCCUCCUGAUUUAGAAAUGGUCCUGAUCUCUGCCUGCCCCGAUGCAAUCUGGGGUCUGGACUCUAAGGGGCAGAUCCAUAUACGGACAUUGUCAGAAAGCUGCCCAAGUGGCAUGCACUGGACCAAACUCGAUGUCACUCAGCUUGGAAAUGUAAAACUCGCCAGUCUAACAUGCGGAAGUCAGCAUGUAUGGGCUUGUGAUGUUGAUGGGAUUGUUUACUUCCGUGUGGGGACACAACCACUCAAUCCCAGUAUGAUGCUGCCGGCAUGGAUAGCCAUUGAACCGCCAGAGCAGCCAUUAAGAACACAGCUGAUCAGCAUUUAUUCCAGUCCCAAUGACCAGAUGCUUUGGGCCAUUGACAACAGAGGGAAUGUCCAUGUGCGCAUUGGAAUAACCGAGGCAAUGCCUGUUGGCACUGACUGGGAACAUGUACCUGGUUUGCAGGCAAGUCAGUUAGCUGUGAGUACCAGAACAGUCUGGGUAUGUUGCUCCAAUGGCAAUGUAGCACGUCGGUAUGGGAUAACAGAAAAAAAUCCUACAGGUGAUUAUUGGAAGAAGAUCCCUGGUAAUGUGACAUGUUUAACCGUGACUCCUCAAGAUGAACUGUGGGCUAUUAGUCCAGGAGGCUCUCUUCUACAGCGGCUUACUAAAGCAUUUAGUCAUUCCAAUACUCUAGCUAAAUCCAGCCGAAGCUCCCUGUUGUGCCAGUCGGAGGACUUUGAUGAUGAAUGGGAGGUCAUAUGAAGAUCAGAGGCACUGCAUCUUGCAUCACUAAGGACAGUGAACUAAAAUAUUUACUAUUUAUAGCUGUAUAAACCCAUAAGACUGAACUGUUGCAUCCAACUUCCACGUCUGUACGAAAUAAUUCUCCAUUUCUGCAAUGCUAUCAAUGUACAUGAUUUAAUUUCACACAUCUUCAUAGCUGUGCAAAUAUCACUACACAAAUAGGCAUUUUAUUCAGCAGAGUAACUAAAGGUCUUGGUGUGUUGCCUUCUAAUUGACAGGUAUUGACUAAAAAUGGUUGCUUUUCGACUGCAAAGUGUGACAUUGGGCUGGCUUUCUACAGCAAAUCAUUUAUUAAUCCAUGCGUCAGCCUUUGUUAUUGAAUUACUGCUUCUUGACUAUUUUAGACUUUUGAGAUUCUGACAUUACCUCAAAAACUGACAUGCUUCAUUGGUUUACAUAGUUUGGAUUUUAUAAGGCAUCAAGCAACAAAUUCACACAUCAACUGCCAUUGCAACAGAAAAAAAUCACAAUUUUUAUAGGUGCAGAAAAUGACUGCACUUCUUUUUUUUUCCCAUCUGAAGUUUUGCUACUAACUGUCCUGUCAUCACUUCUCGGUCCUCCUGGGAAAGCGAGGCAGUGUGGAUAAUAAAGGUUUAGCCACUGUCAACAGUCAUAUACAUACGACGAUAGCACUGAUUUAAUCAGCGAAUCGACUAACCUGUCUGUUUCAUUAGGGAGUCUCUAUAGUUUGUAAGUGGAACUUGCCCUGCGAUUGAGAGUAGACAACAAAAACAUAUAGUUCCACCAGUCUCAAGGAGGGGAGUUGAGGAUGGAUGAGUUGGGUACAUUUGUUAAUAAUAAUAAUAAGCAGUAGAUCAGUGUGUUAGUGUAGUGUGUUGAUGCUUUAAAAUUGGUUGUUUUGUUUCAGAGUGUAUCUUUGUAUAAAGGCAUUGCUUUCUAACCAAUAGUGACGAGGCUAAGAACUACAUUAAAUGCUGUCAUUUAGUGUAGUUCUUGUUCACAAUGGCAGCACGUAAUUCAAAGGUUAGUUAAUUGUUUUUGCCUCAUUAAAGUCAAUAGAAGCAGACAGCUGUAAUUACAGGUUCUGGCAAAUGGAUUUUGGUUGUUAUUUCCUCCAUCUUGUGAAAGGACAAAAAACUCCAAAUGUUUACACUUGGCUGAUAGAAUUUGUAGAUAUUAAGGUAUAGAUUAUAUACAGCUCAUAUAAAGUUUGAGUGUUUAUUCUGUUGUAUUUUGCACUUUGACAAUUUGGAAUGGGUGUGCUUUUUUUGUUUAAAGAGAACCAUAAAAGCUACUUGCUGCGAACCAAUAUACGGUUUGCUAUAAAACAUUGUUUAACUAUUUCGCCGCAUUUUGUUUCAGAACCGAAAAGGUUUGGAACAGAAAGAAUACAGAAAGAAACAGAAAGAAUACAGCCGAGAAAAACACAAUUUGCUUCUAUUUUUUAAAAUUAAAAUUCCUAAAUAUCCUUGCAUUUGAUAUAGCGACUUUCAUGUCAGGAGGAUAUCUCAAAGUGCUUCACAGGAUAUAUUGGAAAGUGUAGUGACUGUGCAAUGUGAAUUAAAUUUAGUUGCCCUAGUAUUUCUUUAAUAUGAAAUUGCCAGAGUUUUUUGUUGGGUCUGCUCAGCUGGUCAGAAUCGUCUAAACCAUUUCUAAGAUGUCCAGUUAUGUAAGGGUGUGUGGCAAAUGUCCAAGUAGUUGCGUGAAAGUUCAGUUAAUGAAAGGCUAUUGCAUUUACACUGGUAUUGAUGCUGACAGCUUACGUGUUUGGAAAAGCAUUAGGAGCCAUGUGCCUUACUAUUUAAGGGUGACUUGUAGAGUAGGAAUUUGAUAUCUGGCAAACCUCCAAACAUUUUUGUUAAACGAAGUUUGAUAGAAUUUUAAGCAGGUAACGUUGUUCAGAAAGGUAAUUAAAAUGCAAUAUUUACAGACUGUAGUUCAGUGGGUUGAAUUGUUCAGUUACACAUAAUUCAGGUUCAGUACACAUGACCAAGUUUGGUAAUUUACUGACAAGUAAAGGAUAUCCUUUAUAUUGGUUAACAUAUUCCAUUACUGUCUUCAAAGGCACAUAUACAUGUCAUCUGUAGGCUCUGGAUGGCCACAGGUCUACAACCCAAGGUUUCCUAUAAUUCAGCAUAAAUUUGGACAAAACUGUCAGUCUCACUCAGAGAAACUGGCUAUGGGAAAUGGGAAUUGCUCUCUGAAGGUUGGAACUGAAGUACAAUGUUAAAAUAGGGUAAAAAGAAGUGUUGCUCUGUAUGUAGCCUGUGCUUUAACUGACCCAAGAACAGUUGAUUCUGGCAUUGGGUCCCAAAGAGCGGACGUCUUCCAUUCUCCAGCAUUGGCAUCCCUCCAUUGGAGAACAAACAUUCACACUGAAUUGUAUACAUUCAAAGAAAGAGAUGAGGCGACACCCAGUGACUCCGGCUGGAAAGUCCAUGUGUGGAUGUUGAACAGCAACAGAGUUGGGCAUUCCAUAGUCGAAUAGCCAGGCACUCAUCCAGACUCGCUCAUGAAUAAUGCCCAUUGGUACCACAGAGCUGCUAAUGCUGUGGAACGUUGUUAGAUUGAGCCCUUUAAUGAAGCAGAAAAUCGCCAAAAGAAAAAAGUACUGAGUCUUGAUGUGCAUUUUAUUUUUUUAUAUAUAUUUGUCUUUUUCAAGUUGAAUUGCCCAAUAAAGCUUUUCAUUCCUUUAAAAAGCCCUUCUAAUAGAUGUUUGCUCUGAAAUGUCUUUGAACUCAAGAUUCGACUUUAGAAGGAAUACAUGCAUGUGUGAGACUCUGCAGCUUUAACUUGAUUGUGGCCUUUUGAUGUCAUUCCAAAUCUACUCCAGCCUGAAAGACUUUAUAGAUAUUAAUGUGUAAAUUGUAGGGUAACCACUUAAUGAAGUGAAGAAUUGUUAACAAUGGCUUAUAUGAGUUCAUUGGAAAAUGCUCUAGUGGUAUUUAAGCCAUCCCAUAAUUAGGUAAUGCUAACAUGCAUGUAGCUGUUUGUAUAUUUAAACUUAUUUAUAAAAAUGUUCCUAAUUAUACAUAACAGAAAACUUAUUAAAAUGUUUACAAGAACGGUU